AUCAAAGAGAAACCGGCGAAUGUGCAAUUCAUUCUGCGUCGUUUGGAGGCUCCAUCACCUCGCCCUGGGCACAGCCAAACGCAUCAGCCGACAAUUCUACAUCGAUCCGGGGAUCGUUACGCAUCUGGGCAUAUACAUUCGGUUAAUUCGGACACCCCGAAGCCACUUAAUCUGGCUGAACCACCGCGUCCCACAUGUACCAACUGGAAUGUUACCCGCGCACAACCCGCUGUAACCAGUCCGCCGAAGCACAUCCUGCACAGGACACUUGGAGUGGAAGCCCCAACAGCGGACGCGACACAAUCACGUCCACCCCGAUACGAUAGCGAACUUGAGGAAUACCAUCAAUUGGAGGAUCAGCUGGCCUAUCAGGAACGGGAGGUGGAAUUGAAUCGAAUCCAUUUGCUUCGGUUAGACAAAGAAAUUGCGGAACUAGAACAAAACACACGUUUCGCUUCCUCGGGUCCGGACUCAGGAUUUGCUGUCGGCCCGGCUGCUGAAUUAGCCCAGUUGGCCGCUGCGCCCUGGCCUCAACUUCUCGAGGCAAAUCGAGCCAGACAGCGUGAUCUUUUGCAGGAAAGAGAACGUCAUCAGAUGGCUGUCGAACGCGUCAGUGGGCAGCUGGAAAAAGCCCGUGAUGAAGCCGCUCAACUCGAGGCUCGCGUCGGUCAGGAAUUGAGCAAGCUGUUGUCCAAUCUGGAGACGGCGAAUGCAAACAGACGGCAACAGCUGCGAUCCCUCAGUCCGCCAGCACUCUACCCAAGGGCAUCCACUUCGACUUCGGCGGAUGGAGUUGCAAUCUGA